UCACUUUUGUCAGUGGGAGUUUCGCUUCUUGUCAAACGAAGACUAUAUGUACACUUGUACACAAGUACCUAUAAGCUUCACUGAAUUUGUUGUAGCGAGACUUUUUGAACUUCUCUUCAUCACCUCAAAUGCUCCAUGAAUCGAUUUUGACUCCAAUCAAACACUGUUAUGACUCCAGAUACUUACCAAUGGCUAAACUCCACUUCGUCUUCCUCGUUGCUGCUUUAGCUUUCACCAUAAACCCUAGCUUAUCAUCGUCCAUAGAUUCGUAUUCGGAAUCGGAUUUAGAAUCGUUUGUUUUCCACCAGGAUUACGCUCCGCCGUCUCCGCCACCACCUCCACCGCACGGACCUUCGGUGUCAUGUAACGAAGAUCUCGGAGGCGUUGGGGAUUUGGAUUCGACUUGUGAAAUCGUCUCCGAUUUGGACCUUACUGGCGAUGUUUAUAUCUCUGGGAAAGGUAAUUUCGUCGUCCUUCCUGGUGUUAGGUUCAAUUGUGCGAUCGCUGGGUGUUCGAUAGCUGUAAAUGUUUCUGGGAACUUCUCUUUGGGUGCCAAAUCCAGUAUUGUUGCUGGGAGUUUCGAGUUAACGGCUGAUAACGCUAGUUUUGCUGAUGAUUCGGUUGUGGAUACGACUGGUUUUGCUGGAGAUCCACCGUCUCAGACUAGUGGUACGCCUCAUGGUAUUGAUGGUGCUGGUGGCGGACAUGGUGGUAGAGGUGCUAAUUGUUUGACUGAUAAUAAGAAGCUUCCUGAAGAUGUUUGGGGAGGUGAUGCUUAUUCGUGGUCGACUUUGCAGAAGCCGUCGAGUUAUGGUAGUAAAGGCGGAUCAAGUAGUAAGGAAAUUGAUUAUGGAGGGGGUGGAGGUGGGAGAGUGAAGAUGAAUAUUUCGCAGUUUCUGGAGGUUAAUGGCAGUGUUUUGGCUGAUGGAGCUACCGGAGGAGCCAAAGGCGGUGGUGGAGCUGGUGGCAGCAUCUUCAUUACGGCGUAUAAGAUGACUGGAAUAGGUCGGAUAAGUGCCUGUGGUGGAGAUGGUUAUGGUGGUGGGGGUGGAGGCAGAGUAUCUGUUGAUAUUUUUAGCAGGCAUGAUGACCCCAAGAUCUUUGUGCAUGGUGGACACAGUAUUGGAUGUCCAGAUAACUCUGGUGCUGCGGGGACUCUUUACGAUGCUGUUCUCCAGAGCCUUUUUGUUAGCAAUCACAAUCUGACAACAGAUACUUAUACGCUUCUCUUAGAAUUUCCCUUACAGCAUCUUUGGACCAAUGUUUAUAUUCAGGAUCGUGCACGUGCUACUUGUCCUCUGCUAUGGAGUCGUGUCCAGGUUCAAGGACAGAUUAGUCUGUUUACUGGUGGUGUUUUAAGCUUUGGAUUAGCUCAUUAUGCUACAUCCGAGUUUGAGUUACUGGCUGAAGAACUCUUGAUGAGUGACUCUACUGUCAAGGUUUAUGGGGCAUUACGCAUGACUGUCAAGAUAAUGCUGAUGUGGAAUUCAAAAUUGCAUAUAGAUGGAGGAGGAGAUACAACUGUGGCGACUUCAAUGCUUGAGGCUAGCAAUUUGUUCGUUCUCAGGGAAUCAUCUAUCAUUAGGUCAAAUGCAAAUCUCGAAGUUCAUGGACAAGGUUUCUUGAAUCUAACUGGACCAGGGGAUUCAAUUGAAGCACAACGGCUUGUUUUGUCACUGUUUUACCGGAUCAAUGUUGGGCUUGGAUCUAUUUUGCGUGGUCCUCUACUGAAUGUUUCAAAAGAUGCUGUUACACCGAAGCUCUAUUGUGAACGAAAAGAUUGCCCUUAUGAACUACUAAAUCCUCCAGAGGAUUGCAGUGUCAAUUCAUCAAUGUCCUUUACCCUUAAGAUAUGUCGGGUUGAAGAUAUCAUCAUCAAAGGAUUAAUUAAAGGAUCAGUUGUUCAUUUCCACCGAGCAAAAACUGUUACCCUUGAAUCAUCCGGAGAAAUUAGUGCCACUGGCAUGGGUUGUAGGGGUGGAGUAGGUGAAGGUAAAUUCCUUGGCAAUGGGAUUGGAAGUGGUGGUGGGCAUGGUGGUCAAGGAGGAAGGGCAUGUUAUGAUGGUAGUUGUGUUGAGGGUGGCAUUAUAUAUGGAAAUGCAAAUCUCCCAUGUGAGCUUGGCAGUGGAAGUGGCAGCUAUUCUUCAGGGUAUUCUUCUGCUGGUGGUGGUAUUAUAGUGAUUGGUUCAAUGGAGCAGCCAGUGACUAUUUUAUCACUUGAAGGCUCAAUUAGAGCCGAUGGAGAAAAUGUCACACGUGCGGUUAGGACUGAAAAAGGCUAUGGUAUAGCACCUGGUGGUGGUUCUGGUGGUACAAUCCUCUUGUUCCUGCGUUACCUUGUUUUAGGAGAGUCAUCUGUUCUCUCAAGUGGCGGUGGAUCUGGAAGUCCUAUUGGUAGUGGCGGUGGAGGAGGUGGGAGAGUUCAUUUUCAUUGGUCAAACAUUCCCACAGGUGACAUAUACCAGCCUAUUGCUAGUGUUAAAGGAAUAAUCCAUGCAAGGGGAGGAGUGGGGAAAGAUGAGGCCUUUUUUGGCGAAAAUGGUACUGUGACUGGAAAAGCGUGUCCAAAGGGACUCUAUGGUAUUUUGUGCAAGGAAUGCCCAUCUGGUACAUACAAGAAUGUCACAGGAUCUAAUGCAACUCUUUGUCGUCCUUGUCCUGUCAAUGAGCUCCCAACACGUGCUGUCUACCUUCCAGUUCGAGGUGGUGUAUCUGAGACACCAUGUCCAUACCGAUGUAUAUCCGAAAUGUAUCACAUGCCACACUGUUACACAGCGCUGGAAGAGCUAAUUUAUUUAUUUGGUGGGCCUUGGUUGUUCGGCCUUUUUCUGAUGGUUCUCCUCAUCCUCUUAGCACUUGUACUAAGUGUUGCGCGGAUGAAAUUUGUUGGAGUUGAUGAUUUACCUGGCCCAGCUCCCUCACAACAUUGCUCUCAAAUAGAUCAUUCCUUCCCAUUCCUGGAAUCAUUAAAUGAGGUGCUGGAAACAAAUAGAGCAGAGCAAUCACAGAGUCAUGUGCAUAGAAUAUAUUUUAUGGGUCCUAAUACAUUCAGUGAGCCCUGGCAUCUUUCUCAUACCCCACCAGAUCAGAUAAAAGAGAUAGUAUAUAGGGACGCAUUCAACACGUUUGUCGACGAGAUCAAUGCAAUAGCUGCAUAUCAAUGGUGGGAGGGUGCAAUUUAUAGUAUACUUUCAGUAUUCGCCUAUCCGCUUGCGUGGUCAUGGAAACAAUGGCGGCGGAAGUUGAAGUUGCAAAGAUUGCGUGACUUUGUACGUUCUGAAUAUGAUCAUUCAUGUCUACGUUCCUGUCGCUCCCGAGCUUUAUACGAGGGUCUUAAGGUUGCUGCCACCUCUGAUUUGAUGCUAGCAUAUCUUGAUAUAUUCCUUGGUGGGGAUGAAAAAAGGUCAGACCUUCCACCUCGGCUGCACCUUAGAUUUCCAAUGCCCAUAUUAUAUGGGGGUGAUGGCAGUUACAUGGCUCCUUUCUCACUACAAAAUGACAACAUUCUUACAAAUCUCAUGAGCCAGGUUCUUCCGCCCACUACUUGGUACAGACUGGUGGCUGGUUUGAAUGCUCAACUACGUCUUGUUCAUCGUGGGAGACUAAGAGCAACACUGCGCCCUGUUCUGGGAUGGUUAGAAACGCAUGCUAAUCCUGCUCUGAAAACAUAUGGCAUUCGAGUUGAUCUGGCCUGGUUCCAGAUUACAGCAUGUGGUUAUUGCCAAUAUGGACUCUUGAUUCAUGCCGUGGAGGAAAGUGAACCAGCAUCACCUCAACAUACCAGUGGAACCACAUGGACUGAGAUACAGUCACGUUACAGUGUGAAGGGCACAUAUAAAGAAGAAUCUUCAACACAUUUAGGAGAGAGUUUACUCAGCAGCCCAACUCACAGAAACUCUGACUAUUCUACAAUACGGAAAAGGAAUUAUGGAGAGAUUAUUACCCUUGAUAGCUUACAGAGUCUGAAAGAGAGGAGAUGUAUAUAUUUCCUUCUCUCUUUCAUAGUUCAUAAUACUAAACCUGUCGGCCACCAGGAUCUUGUUGGCUUAGUUAUUUCAAUGUUACUAUUAGGAGAUUUUAGUCUAGUCUUGCUCACACUACUCCAGCUGUAUACAAUAUCUAUGCUGGAUGUGUUUUUGGCCUUAUUUAUACUACCUAUCGGCUUGCUUCUGCCGUUUCCUGCUGGGAUAAAUGCUUUAUUUAGUCACGGACAAAGACAAUCAGCUGGCCUAGGACGUGUUUACGCCCUGUGGAAUUUCAUGUCCUUAGUGAACGUGUUUGUUGCUUUCCUCUGCGGAUAUGUUCACUAUCAUAGCGAAUCAUCAUCGGCUAGCAAGAAAAUCCCAUUUCAGCCGUGGAAUAUUAACAUGGGUGAAAGUGAAUGGUGGAUAUUUCCAGGAGGGCUUGUGGUUUGUAAGAUAAUACAAUCGCAGCUCUUAAACCGGCAUGUGGCAAACCUGGAGAUACAAGACCGUUCAUUGUACAGUAAAGAUUAUGAGCAGUUUUGGCAGUCGUGACAAAAUCAGGUUAAGAUGCAAAAUGCUUCUUGCAAGUCAUGCUGCUCUAUAGAGAGAGAAUAGAAGCUAGGAUGCAUAACAAAACUGGGAUGGACUGUAAUUAUUGUUUCGUUGUUCUGAAGUUUCCGGAUGAGUUUCUUAAUCUCCGUUUGAUCUUAUUUAUUAUUAUCGAAAAAAUGAAUAAUUAGUCGGCCGUUAAACAAA